CAAUUUAUAGUCAGUAGUCUUCCUCAUCUUUUAUUACAUUCACACAAACAAUCAAUCACACACUCAAAUGGCUGUGGCAGCUUAUGCAUCUUUGGUUUCUCUCACUGAUGUUAUCGACAGUGUCCAGCUUCCUGGUCGUCGUCAUCGGCUUCAUCUGGACAAGGAACAGAUCCAGAGCUUGCACCAAAAAGUUCUCUUCUUGCAGCACUUUCUUGAACUUCAUUCCCAAAGAAUUAGCCCAGAAUUGGAAGAUCUGGCGAGGCAACUAGCUGUUGUUGCCGAUGAAGCCGACGAUAUCAUUGACUUCCACGUGGUGAAUCAACUUCUUGAAAAAUCUCAAGAUAAGACUCAUCAUAUGGCUACGCUCUCAUCCUUCCGUCAAGAUAUCGACAAAAUCAUCAGUAAGAUUGAUUCCAUCAUGAAAAAGUUGAUGAUGGUUCAAGAGGAACGGGUUGACAUCCAAGAACAGCCUCCUACAAUUUCUGCGUCUGAGGGUUCUGCCGCCCCUUCACCCAGUGACAGGAAUACUAUGGUGGGAUCUGAUGAACUCUUGCUUCAGAUUGUGGAUGCGCUUACUAGAGAUGAAUCUGAUCGUCGGAUCCUCCCAAUCGUCGGGAUGGGAGGUAUUGGUAAGACAACUCUAGCUCAAAAUGCUUUUAAACAUCGACUUAUUGUCUAUCGCUUUGAUAUAUGUAUUUGGUUUACAAUAUCUCAACAAUAUAGCGUUCGGGAAGUUCUUCUAAAGUACCUUAUAAAUGCUAAGAAGAUCGAAGCAAGUGCUGUGGAUGAACUAGACCUAGCUGAAUUAGGAGAUUGCUUUUACAAACUUUUAUUUGGUAAAAGGUAUUUGAUUGUUUUGGAUGAUUUGUGGAGUAUCAAAGCAUGGGAAGAUUUUAAAAUAUUCUUCCCAGUAAAUAGCAAUGGAAGUCGAAUUUUGGUGACUACUAGGUUGUUGGAUGUUGCUCGUCCUUUAGGCUUUCACAGUCGUUAUUUCACAAUGACUUUUUUAGACAAUGAUAAAAGUUGGGAUUUACUAUGUGAAAAAGCUUUUGCACGAAAAAGCUGUCCUUAUCCAGAGUUGGAAGAAAUUGGAAGGAAUAUUGCUAGAUAUUGUUGUGGGCUUCCUCUGGCAAUUGUUGUAAUUGGUGGGCUCCUUGCAAAGUCCAAUCAUACACGAGAAUACUGGGAGUUUGUUGAAAAGAAUGUAACCUCAUUUGUCAAUUCUGGAGAUGACGAUCAUUGUUUAAAGAUAUUGUCUUUGAGUUACCACAGCUUGCCGAUUUAUCUUAAACCAUGUUUUCUUUAUAUGAGAGUUUUUCCUGAAGAUGAUCGGAUUGAAGCCUCUAAGUUGAUAAAGUUAUGGAUCGGUGAGGGGUUUCUAAAGCCAAUAGGCGGUAAAAGCUUGAAAGAAGCUGCAAAGGAAUACUUGAAGGAUCUUGCUGACAGAAAUCUGAUUUUGAUUCAUAAGUGGACUCGUGGUGGAAAAAUAAAAGCAUGUGGCAUUCAUGAUAUUCUAAGAGAGCUAUGUUUUAGAGAAUCUAAGAGAGAAAAUCUUAUUCGUGUCCCUAAAACACAAAAGAUUCAUGUUUCAGUACCGAUCAGUGAUUAUACUUGCUUUCUGUGUGGUGAUUCGGUGGAGAUCAAUACGAUACAUCUUCAAGAAGUUUGUGUUGGCUCCCAAUCAACAAAAGUUGUAAGUCCAUCAGUGUGCGAGGCUUGUAGUAAUAUGUAUCAAAAUCUUAAUAAAUUAAGAUGGGUAUCGAUACAUGAUCAAUCAGAUGUAAGAUAUUUACUAAACACAAAGUUGCGGUACCUUGAUGUUGAAGGAUUUGAGUUGAUCAGCGAGAGCGUUAUAGUUGCAAAUAAAUUUUUCUUACUUUGGAAUCUACAGAUUUUGGAUCUAAAUAGUAUGGAAACAACGUCGUUGUCUGAUGUUUGGGAGAUGCCAAAACUGAGGCAUCUCUGUAAUUAUGCUGGUAGCUUUCCUGAUCCAGUGGAGGGGCAAGAUUUCACUAUUUUGCAAAACCUAAGCACAAUUUGGAUGAAAGAUUUUUGUUGCAGUGAGGAAGUUGUUAAAAGAAUUCCAAAUUUAAAGAAAUUAGCUUUUAGUGGGUGUUUAUCUGGUGAUUGUUCUCUCGCGCAGCUCAAUAAGCUUGAAUCACUCUUAUUAGGCUACGAUAUUCCUGAUUUGGAGGACAUAUGCUUCCCAACUUCACUGACGAAGUUGAGUUUUUUGUUUUGUAAAUUUCCUUGGGAAAAGAUGACGAUAAUUGGUUCUUCAUUGCCCAAUCUUGAAGUGCUUAAAUUGCAUUCAGGCUUCAAAGGGAUAGAGUGGAGUCCAAUCGAAGGGGAAUUUCUUCGGCUGAAAGUCUUGGACACUACUGGUGUCGAAUUGAAGUAUUGGGAAGCAGAGGAUAUCCAUUUUCCAAAUUUGCAUGGGCUCUAUUUACAUCACAUGACAUAUUUGAAAGAGAUCCCUUUAAGCAUUGGAGAUAUAAACACAUUACAGUCCAUUUAUUUGAAUAAGUGCAAUGUCUCUACUGUGAAUUCGGCAGUGGAAAUACUCAAAGACCAAAAGGAGAAAGGAAAUGAGGGUCUUCAAGUUUAUGUAAAUGAGAAAGAAGUCAAUGAAGAACCGGUUUAUUACCGACUCUGAUGAAGAACAAAGUUAAAAGUUUUUUUAUAGCCACUAGAAAUCAAAUAUGAUGUAUGUGACAUUUGAUUUGUGAUGAAAUUACUUAAAUUUUUUUUUAGCAUUUAACUGUAUUAGUCGUCGAAUU